AUAUAUCUAACUAGAUGCUGGGAUUUACAUUAUAGUUGUUUCCCAUUCGGUUUUGUCGUUAAAACAUUUAAAGGUGGGCUCUCCUUGGCUAGCAUUACGUUAUUAGCAUAUGCUAACUAUGUUGUCUGUGCUGGUUACCGUUUUUUUUUUAAAUAAUAUAACUAUUAUUUGUGUGUGGUAAAUGUUUAUCCCUAAAAUCGAUGUACUGUUAUGUAUUCGUGAGCCCAUGCUAUGCUACUAUGCUAACAAGUCUAAUGUAACCCUGUUUCUCAAUUUUAGGCUAACGUCAUUGAAUAUUAUAUUUCAAACACAUGUUUUCAGCGUGUAUUCAUAACCUCAUAAAAGCCAUGCUUUAGUUCUGGAAGAAUGCUCGACCAAGAUGGAUGCCUGUAGGAAAACAACCUGGAAGCAAACAGGCAGCGCCUUCGAGGAACUCAAACGGAAAAAGCUUUCAAUUACUCUUUAUACAUGGUGGAUGCAGCCCUCUUGAUUCCUGGACGGAUCUCCCAGGUCAAGAAGGCGCUGCAGGUGCUUUUUCCGAGGGUACCGAAACGCACCACAAAGGUGAUGUGGACGGCGCAUGAUGGACAAUAACGAGGUGAGGAAAGCCUACCAAGGAAAGAAGCCCGUUGCGGAUGACAUUGUGGAUGAAUAUUUAAUCACUCUCCAGCACAAGAACAGGAUCCUGAGCCGCCUCAAAGCCAAAGGCCCCAGGGAGAUAGAGCUGGAAAGGCUUGAGCAAGGCUUUUCUCUUUAUUUUAAUGGCGCCAAUGCGGACUCUUGCACGAGGCCACGCAAGAGCUCCAAGCACAACAAGCCUGUUUGGAGGACCGCACGUACAGCAGCAGAUGUCUCUCAAAGCGCCUACCAGCUGAGUGAAGAUAGUCAUUUGGAGGACGGCCACAAGCAGAGGAGCCACACAGCCCCAGGAAAGGUCCAGAGGAAAGAAUGGGUGCAGGAUUCUAUCAGAAUCCGAACAGAGGAUGGACAGAGUUUGAAGAUAUGCCCAGAAAAACGUUACUCUGAUGAUUUUGAGCCCUACGAGAGCAUAGACAUGGAGAGCUCCGGCCCACGCUCGCCUCGGACUCCGUGCUCGCCGAGGGACACCUGUAAGCAUCAUUUGCGUUGCCUCGGUUCCAGGCCCGAGAGCCAAGGAGGACAAGCAAAUCAGGAACACAACGAGAAGGUUCUUCUCAACCUUGAGGAAGUAAAGGUUUUAAGACGCAGCUUGGAAAACAACAUGAGGCGCAGCAGCCGCGGCUCGGCAGGGGAGGAGUCAGACGAAGAGUGGGUGGAGGAGCAAAUUGAGCGGGAGGAGAGCACGGAAAGUCUAGACGAACUGGGGCUUCCCGUGUCAUCCUCCAAGUCUUCCUCUGACGCACGGCCCAGCACUUCCCAUAGCCAUUUAGAGCCGGCCGACCUGAUUGUGCUUGACUUUGGACCUGCACCUAAAGGUCGUAAGCUUGAGCGUUCAUUGUCUGCAAAGAGGAAGGAAAAGAGUGACUCCUUCGUACCUUGUAAGCCAAUGUUGGUGAAGAGCAAAACCUUGGAUAGACCGCCUUCCAGCUGGGAAAGUACAGGACCUACAAGUCAAACGGAGAGGGAGAGGCCUCCGUCAGCAGCCAGGAGGGCUUACACCGAGGAGGAAAACCCUGAUGAGGUCCAAGCCAUCCAGAGAGAAAACAAAAGUCCUGAGCUCUUCCCUCACAACAUGGGCAGAGGGCACCAGAUGAUGAACGGCUUAGUGCAGCGCAGCAGCAACGACCGAGAGGAUGGCAGUGUCACUCUGGCCAUGCAGAGAAUCAACCUCAUGGGCUCCAGGGAGCAGCACAAACUGCUCAAAGCCUUGGAGGAGCUGGAAGCUGCACCCUCCUUCAACAUUCCUCAGGGUUUCAAAACAGACCGCAGCAAAACGCCGCCGAGGCGCUCCCAGGAGGUCACCCCUGCUCUGUACAUCACCAUGGAGAUUCUGUCCAACUGGGGCCACCAACUGCAGGUCGGUCUGACCGAGUUGCAGUUUUUCGGCCCCGCCAACAAGAAGCUGUACGUGUCGCCUCAUGACCUCGACAUCAGGAACGCAGACUAUCCUGGCAAUCUGGCGGCACUCAUCAAUGGCAAGGCGAAGACGACGAAGGAGCGCCACAUGUGGACGUGUCCCUUCCACCCUCCCGUCCAGCUCUACUUCAUCAUCCGUAACAUGGAGCGCUCGGCAGAUUUUGGAGUAUCUCGCAUCAAAAUCUGGAACUACAACAGAAGCCUCAACGAACUCGACAUCGGUGCACGUCAUAUAAAACUGUACCUGAACAGCACGCUGGUCUUUGAGGGCGAAUUGGAGAGGGGCUGCGGCAACCAAGUCUUUGACUACAGCACCACAAUUGAGCUCCAGGAUUUCCAGGCUUCAGACUCUUUGUUUUCCAGCCCUUCAUCUUCAGGACACAAUCUACGUGGGGCCACCCCCCAGCGGCAUGACGACGACGACGACGAUGAUGAUGAUGAAGGCAGCAGCACGCACCAGCACCACAUUUCAGCCCUGCCGACAUCAGAUGCAUCAAACCCAGCGAUGAUGGACGCGCAGGAAGGUCCGCACAUGCCUCUUCCGCCCAUUUCUAGUCGGCGCUCCUCCGCACAAAGGAACUCUUUUGACGUCUUCGCCUCAGAGGAGCGCCCCCCUCACAGGCAGCAGACCGACCACUCGGCCCCCGUGGCGCAGACGGUCACCAUGCAGCCGUCGUCCUCUCGAAUGACCCCACAGUGGCUGCAGCCGUUGAAGAGAGCUGCUCCCGAGGGCUGCGAGGCCAGCAGAGAAAAGCCACGAUGGCUGGUGCCUCAGCAACCCGCAGAACCCAAAUCUCCAUCGUCGUCGUCGUCGUCCUCGUCAUUGCUCCCGGAGUUGGCUUGCAACCCGGGACGGGUGUGCAGGGGAGCGGAGAGGGCGGCAAACGGAGCUCAGUGGAAAGCGGAUUCUUUGGACACGGGUUGCGACCUGCUGGAGGAGCUCGGGGAACCAAAGCAGGAGCGGCCCUUCAGUGGGCGAAGGAGCUCUUUGCGAAGCAGCAGGCCGAUGGAGGAGCAACACAUAAAAGCUGCUGUUGUGUCAAACACAGAGGCGGCAAUCAGCACCAGCAGGAGGCAGCGCACCCCCAGGCCCCUUCUGCACAGCCACCAGGAUGACAGCCUCAUGGAGUCCUGGGACUCCCUCACCAAGUUCAACCAGUGCCAGCGUGGUCGCAUCUCCAACACGGGCUUCGAGGGAGACAUCUUUGACGACUUCCAGCAGCAACACAACCGCAGCCCCGCUGCGGACCCCAUCAGCUCCUCCACCGCCUCUGCGCGCCCCGCUUCCUCCUCCUCGGCUGCCCGGGAGCUCCCAUGUGAGAUCCCUGACGGAGAUUCCCUCAUGGAGGCGGAGGAAGAGUUUGAGAUCCCCGUGCUUCCCAAAGGACAACAAUUGGUCAUUAACAUCGUGUCCACCUGGGGGGACCGCCACUAUGUUGGCCUCAACGGCCUGGAGGUCUUCAGCUCCAGCGGAGAGCCUCUCCAGCCUGCCCACAUCACCGCCGACCCCCCGGACAUCAACGUACUCCCGGCUUACGGCAAGGACCCCCGCGUGGUCACCAACUUGAUCGACGGCGUCAAUCGCACGCAGGACGACAUGCACCUCUGGCUGGCCCCGUUCACACCCGGGCGUAGCCACGUGCUCUUCCUGGACUUCGGACAUUCCUACCAGGUCGCCAUGAUCCGUGUGUGGAACUACAACAAGUCGCGCAUCCACUCAUUCCGAGGGGUGAAGGAGGUGGAGAUGCUGCUGGAUGGGCGAUGUAUCUUCAGGGGCGAGAUCGCGAAAGCUUCUGGGACGCUCUCUGGAGGAUUGGAUCAAUUUGGAGACACAAUUUUAUUCACGACUGAUGACGAGAUCCUGGAGGCAAUGUCCCGUUUUGAUGAAACCUUCCUCAGUGAAAACGAAGGCUUGAAAAAUCCGGUGUACGAGGAGGAGCUGCAGAGACCGCGCACCGCAGAUGGAGAAGGAGAAGAAAGACCUUUCACACAGGCUGGCUUUAGAGAGGAGGACCUUGCCCUGAAACUUCAUCUCAACGCCACCGUCAGUCAGUCUGAGAACACGGAGCAGAUUCCUGGGAUGUACACUGGAAAGUGCCUUCGCCUGGAGUUCACGUCGACGUGGGGCGACUCUCACUACAUGGGUAUUACGGGACUGGAGGUGGUGGGAAAGGAUGGAGAGGGUUUACCUUUGGACCUCGGUAUCAUGGCCGCCUCACCCAGGGACCUCAACGACCUGCCUGAAUACGGACAUGACUUGCGUACCCUUGAUAAGAUGAUUGACGGCCACAACAUCACCACCGAUGACCAUCACAUGUGGCUGAUCCCUUUCUCCUACGGAGAGUCCCACACCAUGACCAUCACCUUCCCGCAUCCCCAAACCAUCGCCGGGCUCCGCAUUUGGAACUAUAACAAAUCCCCCGAGGACUCGUAUCGAGGGGUGAAAGUGGUCCAUCUGAUCAUGGAUGAUGUGGCCAUCUCCCCGGUGGAGGGCUUCCUGAUCAGGAAAGGACCAGGUAACUGUCACUUUGACUUUGCUCAAGAGAUCCUCUUCGUGGACUACAUCCAGACGCCCCCAGACGGCAAGAACGCGGAAGAGUACCCCAACAGACGAAGCGCUAAGAGAGCAGAACGAGCCAGCAUGGAUUAUGAAGCUCCCAUCAUGCCUUGCGGUUUCAUCUUUCAGCUGCAGCUGUUGACCACCUGGGGAGACCCUUACUACAUCGGCCUCAAUGGGGUGGAGUUCUACAACCAGAACCAUGAGAAGAUCAACCUCAGUGACAACAACAUUGCAGCCUUCCCAGAUAGCGUCAAUGUGCUGGACAACGUGAGCGGCGACGUGAGGACUCCAGAUAAAUUAAUAGACGGCAUCAACAGCGCACAAGAUGGCCGACACACCUGGUUGGCUCCUGUGCUGCCUGGACUGGUAAACCGCGUGUAUGUCAUCUUCGACCAACCGGUGACCGUGUCCAUGAUUAAACUGUGGAACUACUCCAAAACCCCACAGAGGGGGGUUAAAGAAUUCGGGCUGCUAGUGGACGACCUCCUGGUCUACAACGGCAUCUUGGACAGCGUCAGCCACGUCAGCCACGGCAUUCUGCCCACGUGCGACGUCAUGGUGCCGUACCACACCAUCCUCUUCACCGACAACGCUUACAUUGCACACCGCGAGAGGAACACCGUCAUCAGCCCCCAUGGCAGCAGACACGUCCAGCAUAAUUACGUGGAGGACCAGGAUGUGAAGAUGACUAACGAGAACCAGAUAGUUCAUCAUAACAAGAGGAAGCAGACAGCAGACCCAGCUCUUCGACCUAAAACCUGCAUGACCGACGUCGGCAAACACGGACAGAGGCGGUACUAACAGAUGUCACAUGUCGCCCCCAUAAACGAAGACUCCAACGCGGCGACGUGCACGUUGACGUGGACACCAUUUUUGCACCGAUCACAACGGGUUUGCUUUGCACACGCAUCCAAUAUUCUAUAUUCCACUUUAUGGUUGGAGAACUCCCGCGUACAUUUUUAGUCUCUCCCGGAGUGCCAGGCAAAAUAAACCAGUCAGGCUGCAUUCCGCCAGCCUUAUUACCCGUGCCUGUUUACUUAUCUCAAACUGCUAAUUGACACCGUGCUGCACAUAUUUGCUGCCUGUGGCGUGUAAAUACAUCCAUAUCAUAACUACUAUAAUAAUAAUAAUAAUAAUAAUGUUGAUUAUGAAUCCACCGAUAACCAAAUGCAAGGCUAUGCAGACACUUCUUUCUAGCUACGAACAAGCAGGGACGCGCUUAUGUUUUAUCUUGUCGUUCAAAGUACGUGUUUGACUCCGCUAAAGUAGCUCUGUAGUAUAAAUAAAAUCUUAGCUUUAGCUUAGCCGUUCUAACUCCAAGUGACCUUUUUUUUUAGUCAAGUUUAGCAACGUCAGCAAUUUGGUUACAAGAUUUCCCACCAGAAAGGCGACUUCUAAUAUGCAGAAACUUGACCUCAAGUUGACCUCCACAUUUUGAUCAUUCCUGCAAAACAUUUCAAUAGGGAUGUCGGAUAUUGGCUUAUGACAUAUGUCACAUGACACAUGACAUAUAUCUCCCGUAAUGGAAUGAACACAUUUUUUUAAUAUCGGUUUUCAUGAUUGGCGGCCAUUUUUAUGCUGAUAAUUAUCAGACAUCCCUACAUUUUGAAGGAAUAUUUACUCGUUGCAUGCACAAAAACUCUCACUAGCUGUAUUCAUUCUCUUAAAACACCACAAACUUAGUAAAUAAAUCAUCCUCUACACUCCUUGUACUGUAUUUCAAGUGUAUUUUCACUAUAUUAACAACAUUAAUCAGCAUGAUAGGGAUGGGAAAAAAAAUAAAAAAAAAUUAUUUUUCUAAUCUUGUUUAAACCUGUACAUGAAAUCUAGGCUUAUUUGAACAUGGACAAAUAAAAUAUGUCUAUCUAUGAA